CUUACCAUUUCCAUAUCAACUGCGCAAACACUCUCUAGAAUUUCAAACCAGUCGCAGCUAUUAAUUGUUUUCUAUCUCUGUGUAUGAGUUCUGUAACAGAAAGCGACAAAGAGCCAAUUAUACUAACAGGCCCCAACGAUGAUGCUUUGCAAGACUUUAGAAAAACGUUAACUGCUAUCGCUCCAGAGAUUCUACAGAAAGGGAGAAAUCUGCGGAUACUCGUAGGCAAGAAACUGUUUGAGGAAAAUUUGAAUUUAAGUCAUUGCAAAUGCUUCCUGGUGAUGCCACGUGCUAGUCGCACCCUUGUCUACUUAGAGGGUGACCGUACUAGCAUGUAUCAAGAGCUCAAACACAUGUGCCUGACAAACGGACACAAAUGGGACAUCGAACGCGUUUUGAUUGUAUUGUAUCGAAACGAAGAAGUUGCACAAAAAGAUGAUCUGUAUGAUUAUCAGAAGAUUGACCAAUGGUGGGAUCCUGGACCCCAAAAAAAACUCGAGCAGUUUGCCACAGAAAACCACCUGAUCAGCUUUAGAAAUGCACUUAACUCUAAACAGAAAAACGUUAUUCGCAAAUUUUUAGGAUACAAAUUGGUUACUACGAUCUGGUGGCUUGCAUUGUUGGUUUGUCUCUGUAAAUCUUGGUUGCUGACAACUGGCUUCGGAGCUACAAUCAGGUGGCCUGCAUCGUUGGUUUGUCACUGUAAAACUUGGUUGCUGACAACUGGCUUUGGAGCUACAAUCUGGUCGCUUGCAUCGUUGGUUGGUCACUGUAUUAUUUGGUUGCUGACAACUAGCUUCGGAACAAUGGCUCACUGCUGCCUCACUUGGUUGCUAGACACCAAGCUAGUGAAAAUGAUCUGCUCCUGUGUUACUUUGUUGAAGAAUACUGCGUUGGUGACAAUACCCUGCCAAUUUCUUGCUUGGUUCCUGACAUUGACAAUAAUUGACUUGGUUGUACAACCUCCAUGUCUACUUCUGUCUUUGCCGUUGUCAUGCGGGGAAAAGCUAGCUGCUUAUUUAGGAAAACGGACACAAGCUAAAGUUGUAAACACUUAAAGUUUUAUUAAUAUGUUUGCUGUUAUGAUCAAGGUACGGUAUUC